AUGUUCAAUGUGUCUGGAACAUCUCGUCCAGCAUGGCAAACUGAGGAACUUGAGGAUGAAUGGAUAGAGGCAGAAGCGGAGUACGAGGACGAGGACCAAUUUAAUGGUACUCGCUCAAUUUCUUUCACAGCGCCGCUCUCCACCCAAAUACACACUAUCACCAACACAUCCUCUCCUGUAUCUAGUCCAGAACCGAUGGGAACAUUUUUGGUUCAUCAGAGCAUCCCCAGCGUACCACUUUUACCCAAAACCCCUGGACGGAAUAAGAAGGCCAAUAUCAAGGAUUUUUUCAGUCCGAUGCCCCUUGAAAGGAUGUUCGAACCUCCUUCGCCGCCGCAACCAUCCUCUCCUCAGCGACCUCCUCGUUCCCCAGGCGAAGAUAAGAUAGAUGAAAUCAUGGAAACCGACAUACCGAACAUGGUAUCCUUUGACGGCAGGAAGCCCAGCGUGGGCUGCCAAUUCACCUUCUCCGCACCUCGAGAUGUUUUUCUCAAUCUUGACAAUCGACCCCAAGCCGAAAGCACGCCUGGGAAUCCGACUGUUAGGACGACAAACGCGCCUCCUUCUACUGAUCCUCCUCUUCGACUAUUUCAAUUCCAGUAUGAUACUUAUACUCGAGAUCACCUAUCCGCUAUGGUCGAUUCCAUUGCCAUUAAUCCUGCAUUGGGAUCUGGUGCUACAAAUUCACCUGCGAGCCUUGACCAGGGUUUGUCUAGGGUUUCUGAGGCCACUGGGAUCAGUUCGCUCAACUCUCAUCUACGCAGCGCGAAACGUGUGAAACUCAGUCCCAAGAGCGACUUUGUAGGGAACGGAAACUCACCGCGACCGAAACUUUUGGGAAAGGACUAUGUCGGGGAAUCGCGAUCUCUUAUGCAGCAAAUUAAACAGGCUCGCGAUUUUUCAACCAUCUCCACAGUUGCUAGCGCCCAAGAACGGGAUACAUCAGACAUGGACCCUAUAAUUUCGCCUGCGAGUUCCGCGCCUGUGGCAGCUGGAGUGCGUUCUUCAACAAAGUUCCGACUUCAGGCCGCUAUACUGAUGGCCCAAAUCAAGAACGACAUGAAAGGCUCAAAACGCAUCUUCUCUGGGGAUAGCGAAUCAUAUGUGACUGCUGCUGAGAGUACUGCUCCAAAUCUACCGCGGCAAUCUCCUCGACGAAGCAAGCCCCGUCUGAACCCGAACCUUCGCAAAUCAACUAUCCGGAGGGAGGAGGAUGAUUUAGCUCCCCACUUUUCCCAAAUAUCGAUUUCUUCAUGCCGGCCCCAAGACAUUCCACAAUUACCCCACAUUCGCAUUUCUUCGGAAUCAUCAAUGCAUGAUAUGGCUCCUUCCGCCCCCUCAUCUUCAUCUUCUCGCUUGUUGCCCUUAGACAACGAUCUAAAACGAUACGUGUCCUCCAGUACCACAUCAUCGGGAACGACUCUUACUACCAGUAGCGUCCCAUCCUAUGUCAAGCACUCUGGCCCGGCUCACAUUCGAACAAUUGCCCCAAGUGAAGUACCGCCUUUAGACAGACUUGGAAACAUGAUGUUCGAUAGAGUCAUGAUGAAGUGGGUCAAAAGCAGUGCCCCGCUCGAUGAAGAUCAUUCCCUACUAGAGGAAAUCAGCGAAGAUCCAUUUGGUGAUAUCGAAAGCCUAAAGGAUGAUUCUGGCCCAACUGUUGAAGACUCUACAGCUGCCUUAGAGGAACACGUCGAUUUGAACCACAGUGAACUUUCCCUUGUGGAGGAACUAUCGGAAAUUGACGACACAGAAGAAAUGGAAUUGACGAGCUUUGAAACAGAUCAUCCAAAUAGCCGCCUAGUUCAUGCCAUGUCAGAUUUUAUCACGAAUGACGGAGCGGAGACUUCCGACUCGGAAAAUGAUACUGUUGCUCAUGAACCAUUCAAUCCUAUUGAAUAUGAUUCAGAAUGUGAAGAGGAUGAACAAACAAAUGAACAGAGCCGGGCACAGGAUGACAAGGAAGAAGACGACGACGCGAACGGGUUGAUAAUAGCAGCUCCUUCAAUGAUACCUGCUAUAUUUCGCUCUCCAGGCACUCCUGACCGUCCGAUAUCCUCACCCUCAAGCAUGCGUUCUGCGAUGAAAACACCUGCGUCAGUACUCAAAGACGUAAGUGUUGCACGGUACCGAACGCCGCAAAGGAAAUCGAAGCAUCGGCGAUCUGUGAGCUUUUCAGACGGAAAACGGGAUGGACCUAUCCGCGGUCUGAACAAAAACGCCGAAUUCGACGACGUUCCAGGGGGUAGCAGGAUUGGAUUCGUACCCUCUGUCCGGUCUAGGCGCAUUGCGAACAUGCUAGUGGCACUCGAGGAUUCUGGUAAGUACUACAAUUCGGAAAAGUCCUUUUCAAAAACUGACCGAGAAAUUCAACCUCUUGGGACGAAUCCAGCAUCCACUAGAUUCAAAGGACAGUCCUCAAGUGGGCUACCCCGCGCAUUCUCUAAGUCUCAGAGACACUCCGAGAUGGAUACAGGAAAUGCGACAUUCCUGACGGAUUGUUCUUUUGGUAUCACACAUGAUCGAUUAGUACAGGUCAUUACCGACGUGGAGCCCUUCGAACCGCACUGGGAGGAAUUACAUUCUAUUGACCUCUCAGGCAAGAAUCUUGAAAGUGUCGCUCGACUGAAGGAGUUUCUACCGCAUUUAGAUUGCCUCCAAUUAAAUUCGAAUUUACUUUCGUGGCUCAGUGGAGUACCAAGUACGGUACGGACACUUUCUGUUGCUUGCAAUAGUUUGACAGGGCUCACCUCAUACCAUCAUCUGUUGAACCUUGAAAAUCUGGACAUCAGCAAGAACGAGGUGGAAUCAUUAAGCCAAUUAUCUUGCCUGCGACACCUUCGGGAGUUGAAGGCCGACUGGAACAAAAUCAGCAACCUAGAAGGACUGGAACACAUGGAUGGGCUCGUGAAACUCAGCGUGCAGGGCAAUCGAAUUCGAUCGAUUGAUAUCCUCCAGUAUCAAUGGACGCGACUCGAAAUGUUGAAUAUCAGCGAGAAUCGUUUGGAUCAUCUGAUAGGUUUGGCCUCACUGCCAUCUCUGAUUGCCUUGAAUGUCGAUAACAAUUCGCUAGAGAUGCUCAUUUUCGAUAGUCCCAUGCCUAGGCUGAAGAUACUUCGUGCUAGUGGGAACCGCUUGAGUGCGCUGGAUACUAGCUUUACCUCAAAUCUUCGCACCCUUUACGUGGAUAACAAUUCGCUGACAGGUUUGACGAAGGUGGACCGGCUCACUAAGCUGGAAAAUCUUAGUCUUCGGAAUCAGAGCGGAAAGGGAUGCAAGUUCUCAACCCGGGAUACCCGAGAUGUAAAGCGACUCUAUCUCUCUGGAAUUGCACUGGGUGGGAAAAGAUUCCUCACGGAAUCGUGCUAUAAUCUGGUUUAUCUGGAGCUUGCAGCAUGUCGGCUCACUAGCAUGCCCGAGAGCCUAGCAUCAUUGAUUCCCAAUGUUCGAGUAUUAAACCUCAAUUACAAUUUUUUGGAGGACGCCAAACCAUUGGAAGGGCUGACAAGGCUGCAGAAACUGACGAUGAUCGGUUCAAGACUGAAAGGAACGAAGGCUCUGAUCCGCCUACUGCAACGAAUGCCGGAAGUCGAGAUGCUCGAUUUCAGGAUGAAUCCAUGUACAUUAGGAUGGUACCUCCCAUUGCUAGUGAAGGAUGUUCCUGGUGCACUGCAACCCUCUGAGGACGGACGGAAGGGAGACAAAGCGGCCAGUAAAUCUGCAUGGCAAGACUUGGACGCCAAGUUCCGGCGAGGCCUACCAAACGACUCGUAUAUCGGAAGAUUGGCUUAUCGUGGCCUGGUGAUGCAGGCGUGUCAACGAAUACGGAUGCUAGACGGAAUUGAAGUGACGGAGAAGGAGCGAUCAAAGGCGGAGAAGCUUUUAGUAGGUAUCCUCGGGGAACGAAAGAAGAGAGGGUAG